AUGAGUGAAACAUCAGUGCCGCCUGUUUUGGGGCAGGCGGAUGCGGAAAGGCAAGAGAGGCAUGCUAUGCAAGAGCUGAAUGGAGGCACGGUCCGACCUUUGCAAGACCUUUGCGGCGCAUCUUCACAACCAGGUCCAUCCGCAGUGGGUCAGUCGCGGUCAUUGAAUGCCCAACGGAAUGAUCCUGCUGCUGCUGCUGCUGCUGCUGCUGCUCCUAGUCUGGAUGCUCCGCUUCGUCCGGAAGACGUCUUGCAAGAUUGCGAUAGCGAAGGGUUGGAGAUGCUCGAACAAGCUGGUGAAGAGGUGAGACGCACAGGGGCGUCGCUCUGUUUUGGGGCAUCGUGGAUGCGCGCGCGCGCGCUAAGUCAGCAAUUCGCUUUCCCCUUCUUGCGGCUCUCCCUUUGUGAUUUUGAAGGAGUCCGAGAACGAAGAAGAUGAUGCUGCGUACAACUCGCUACUGGAUGAAGGUGCGCUGAAACACCUCUCAUGGCGCAUCUUUCACAUACUGACGCUAGCAUCCCGCUGCACCGCUGUGUGACGGUCACGCAAUAAGCCGAGCGACUGUACCCCAACGAACGUCAAGAGAGCAUCGUGGAGGACUUGAAAGAGAAUGGAAUGGUGCAUUUCGUAAAGACUUAUCUCUCGGAGGCUACCACGUUGCACCAGCUGCAUCUCAUGAUCAUCGGCUUUGGUACCAUGCUAGUGAGACGCUUCGCUUCGCUUGCACGCUCGCCACAUCCCGUGGCACACUACUCAUGCAAGUUGAAGCCUCUCGUAUAGCCGAGAAGCAUACGUUUGAGCCCCUCCAGAGCGUUCGUCGUUGGCGUGUUGAAAGCGAUGGCCUCUCGCAUGUGAGUCAGCCUGGAUCGCAGAUACCUUUGCAUCGCAAACGCAAACAAAACAUCUGGCGCGAAGCAAGCUCACGUCGCAGCUCUUGUCAGCCUUCGAAAUCGCGAACGACUCCAACAUCUCAACACUGUGGAAGAUGUUUUGAGCCUGCUCGCAAAUGCGCGCAGAGUGGUGGUGCUCUCUGGCGCAGGCAUCAGUGUCAGCUGCGGUAUACCUGGUGCGUGUCUGCCGAGUGUUGAUGUAGGGCCCUUGAUAGGUGUCGCUGAUAGAGUGCACCUCGAGCGCUGUCACAGACUUCCGCUCCAGAGACGGCAUAUAUGCUAAUCUGCUGCGAGAGGGCAAGUACGAUCUCGCAGACCCCCAAGACGUGAGCAUGGGAUUCUCUUUGCUUUACAGUCUGCUCAGAACGUGUCGAGCCAUUCGGCUAACGCUCUUCUACGCCGGCUCAUCUGAACAGAUGUUCGACAAGGAGUUCUUCAUGCAGGAUCCUUCGUGCUUCUUCAGCUUUGCGUGAGCAGUUUGCGGGUCCCUCGUCGCAGCCUGCGCGAUCUGGUGCGCUUCGCUAAACUCGCCCACUUUCACCAGCAACUCCAUCUUCCCUUCAAACUUUGUUCCUUCACCGACGCACCGAUUCAUCAAGCUCCUAGAAGACCGGAACGUUUUGCUCAGGAAUUACUCUCAGAACAUAGACACGCUAGAGCAGCAGGCAGGCGUGAGCAUGACGACCGCAGCUUCAAGAUGUCGCUCUCGCCAUGCCAAUCUGACAGAACGAUCUCGCAAAUCUCUUGACUCUUGACGACAGAUCACGAGGGUUCUGAAUUGUCAUGGUUCCUUUGCUCGAGCGACUUGCACCAACCCGGCCUGCGGAUAUUCUGUGGAUGGGCAAAUGAUUAGGCCAGAUAUCUUUGCCCGAAGAGUUCCUUUCUGUCCCAAAUGUCACGCAUCGCAGCGGCAGGAACCUCGGGCCAAGAAGAGGAAGAAGAAGAGACAGGGCAAGGACUGGCAAAGCGAUGAUGAGAGCGACGAGGAGGACAAGAGGCUUGAUGCUCGACCUGCUGGGUGGGGCGUUUUGAAGGUGAGUCAGAAAAGCCGAGGCAUUGGUACUCGAGUCGUGAGUGAUCCUGACGAGCGCGAGGGCGCAUGCGCCUUGUUCGAAUAGCCGUGCAUCACGUUCUUUGGCGAGAAGCUGAGCGACGACUUUGACCGAUGUGAGCAGCGUUCACGCCAUGAUUGCGCAUCAAUGGAUGGGCACCAUCAAGCGCUGGACUCUUGACUGAUCACUCUGCUCUCGGCCAUCCGAUGACCGCCGCUCAAGGUCUUUUCCAAGAUCGCGAGUCGGUGGAUCUGAUCCUAGUGAUGGGCACAUCGCUCAAAGUGGCGCCAGUUUCCGAAUUGAUAGGUCAUAUGCCCCACCGAGUUCCCGUCGUCCUGAUCAAUAGGACCCCCAUACGACACAUGGCGGUCGACAUUCAACUGUUGGGAGAUGCAGACCUGAUCGUUGCGUACCUGUGCGAGCGGCUGGGAUGGGAUUUGCCCCUUGCUUCUGCGAGCAAAGCACCGCUUGCCCAGAUGGAGCGUGUGGACGCGCUUGUUCCGCAAAGAAUGGGCAUGAGGUGAGUCGUUGCAGUUUGCGUUUUGCCGCCAGAGUUGACGAGCGUGAGCUGCGAGUGGGUUUUGCGCAUGCACUGAAAUCCUGAUUCGGCCCAUGCACAGUCACUGCUGGCUUUUCCCUGGCGCUGAGCCGGGCAAUAUUUUGGAGUUGCUCGACGGCGAGGAGGAGGAGGAGAAAGAGAAGGAGGAGGAGAAAAAGAAGGAGGAGAAGGAGAAAGGGGAGCAAGUGUCGGAUACAUCCCAGCAUCAGGCAGACAGGCAUUCGCACGCGAUCGAAAAGACUACGAACGAGAAGCGCGCCGGAGCAAAUGCAGCGUCCUACGAGUAG